AGAGAGACAAAGUCAGAGUGAGCCGAGACAGAAGAGAGAGGACAUCAGCUGCAGAAUUUACAGAACCAAGAGAACCUGCAGAACCUACAGGACCGAGCUCCUUCUCCAGAAGACAGCUGAUCUGUUGACGUGUUCUGUCUCAAGAUGACUUCCUGUCUGCUGUCCCUCCUCUUCCUCUUCCUGUUCCUCUCCCCUAUGAUGUCAAGAGCCAACGCUCAACCAGCCGGAUGCAAAAUUCGAAUCACUGACAGAGGACUUGAAAUGUUGAAGUUUGAGACUCAGAAGUUUGUUGCAGAAGAGCUCAGUAACAUCAGCAUGCCAGAAAUGAAGGGCAAAGAUGGACGCUUCCAAUACACCAUCACUGAUGUGAAGAUUAUUGAGCUGAACCUGACUCAUGCUGAUCUGCAGAUUGUCCCUGAUGUUGGUCUGAUGUUUGGAGUCCAUGACUCAUCAAUCUCGCUAACUUUCAACAGACGGAUUCUCUACUGGUUUUUUUACGACACAGGAAACAUCAACGCGUCAGCUGAAGGAGUGAACAUCAACACGGUCCUGAAUCUGAUCAGAGACGAUGAGGGUAGACUGAAGAUCAAUAACAUCACCUGUGACGCCAACAUCGCCAAAAUGAGGGCCAAGUUUACCGGAACGCUCGGGAAAGUUUAUGAUUUCCUGGCCACUGUUUUGACAACAGGCAUGCGCUUCCUCCUCAAUCAGCAGAUCUGCCCCGCUCUGAAAAAUGCCGCCCUGGUUCAAGUUAACCAGAUGUUGCAGACGAUCCCUGUAAGGACAGAGGUUGAUGAGUACAUCGGGAUUGAUUACGCUCUGAUUGAGGAUCCGGUUUUGACGUCCGGGAGUCUUGACAUGUACUUCAAGGGGAUGUUUUUUGACCUGUUGCAACCGAACGAUACAUUGGUGAACAAUGCUGUGGAUCCGGUCAUCAAGGAGCACGACCGGAUGGUUUAUUUGGCUCUGUCUGAGUACUUCUUUGACAGCGGGAUGUUUGCCUACUACAAAGCAGGGGUCUUCCAGAUGAACAUUGUUAAUGAGAAGAUGCCCAAAGACAUGGAGGUGCUGUUGAGGACCACCUACUUUGGAGCUUUGAUGAUGAUGAACCCGGCCAUGCUCGAGGCUCCGCUCUCUCUGGAGUUCGCCGUCAACUCAAGUCCUAAAACCACCAUCAAAACAUCCGGGGCAACUGUCGUCAUGACAGCUAUCGUCAAGGUGAUGGUGCUGCCUCCAGGUCAGCCUCAGGUCCAGCUCAGCAGCAUGACCAUGGAAGCAAAGUUUAACGCUAAAGUUUCCAUGAAGGGGAAACGACUGGCUGUUCAUGCUGACCUCCGCAGGUUUAAAAUCUUCUCCAAUCAGUCAGCGCUGGAAUCUCUGGCAUUGAUUCCUCUGCAAGCUCCUCUGAAGGCGAUAAUGCAGAUGUCCGUGGUUCCAUUAAUCAACAACUACACUAAGAAAGGGGUUCAGAUUCCUCUGGCUGAUGGGAUGGAUUUCAUCGAGGAGGUGGUUGAAUAUCACGAUGGUUUCAUUGUGAUCGGUGCAAAUCUUCAAUUCACCAAAGGACUGAGAGAACUGAUCUAAAGAUGUAUAUAUGUAGAAUAUUAACAGUAUAUAUACAGUGUAAGUCUAAACAUGAAUAUAAAUACUGUAUAUGACUCCAUGUUGUAAAUAAAGUCAGGUGACUAAAAUAAAGGAAUAAACUAACACCGAGUGUUGAUGUAA